AUUAUCUGUAGUAACUCAUAUAUUUAUUAAUUAGCUGCCUUUUUUAAGGUAAAAGAAUGAAGAGACGGAGAUCUCGUAUAAAAAAUCAGUCACGAUCAUCGACUAUUUCACCUAAAAUCAAUCAAGAUUCAUCGCCACUGAAAAGCAAAAGUUUUCAGUUGGUUAAGCAACGACAUGUUCAUAAAAAUGUUCCGCAAAUAAAUAAAUAUGAAGCGCUGGAAGAAGGAUCUUUGAAUUAUAGAGAGUUUUUAGAAUCUUUAGAGUCAUUUUUUGAUGUCAAAAAACCACUGAGGUCAUUAGAGAGUUUAUUUAGAACGUACUUAGACUCGGAAGAAUCAUCUUCAGAGACUACGGAAAGCGAAAAGAGUUCCGAGUUUCAUGAAAUAAAUGCGUACCCACAUUUCAGGCCAAUAAAUUGUCAAAAUGUCAUACAGAGUUAUCAAGUGACUGGAGAAUAUAAUUUUAAUCAAUUUGAUGAUUUAUCAGUAAAUUCUACUGAAGAAAGAGAUAAUUUAGAAAUGGCUGAAGAUGAUAGUGAUGGGAAAGAAGAACAUUUUGAUAUUGAACGUGAAACUUUUGUAUCUUCUGUGACUUCACGUGAUAUUAUGGACGAAGAAGGGCAACGGAGUGAAAAUUUCAGGGAAGAAAGACCAGAAGAGAGAGAACUUAAAGAUGAAGAAUUAAAUGUCACGGAAGAAGUACAAAAAGAUGAUAAUUUUAAAGGAGAUAAAAAUGAAGAAGUUGAUGUUGGGGUAAAUGGAGAAGAAAUGUAUAAUAUUGAUAAUGAAAAUAUUGAAGAGAGGAAAGAAGAAAUGGUGCAGAAAAAUUCACAGCCUAGUAAAAAAUCGUUUUCUUCAUUAGGAGGUAGUAAAAAUGAAAAUAUUGAAGAAAGGAAAGAAGAAAUGGUGCAGAAAAAUUCGCAGCCUAGUAAAAAAUCAUUUUCUUCAUUAGAAGGUAGUAAAAAUGAAAACACUGAAGAGAAGAAAGAAGAAAUUGUAAAAAAAGAUUCACAGUCCAGUAGAAAAUCUCUUUCUUCUUCUGGAGUAAGCAAAAAAGAGUCUAAUAAAUCUAAAGAAGAAAAUUUUAAGUCAAUCAAAGAAGAAAUUACAUCAGAUAAAGAAGAUAUCAGGUCUGUCAGAGAAGAUCUGAAGUCAGUUAAAGAAGAAAUUAAGUCAAUUAAAGAGGAAAAUAUAUCACGUGAUCUUCUCGGAGAUGAUACACAAAUAGAUGACUUGAUGGCGAUGAUGGACACUGCGAUGAUUGAUAAAAUGACAGAGGCUUAUAAACAGUUGUCUAUUUUGCAAGAAGAAAUUGAUGAGCUUCAAAAUGAACUUGAAGAAUUACGACGCAAAGAAGAUUUGACGGACAUCGAAAAAAAUACUUUAGAAAAAAAGAGUCGAGAUGUCAUUAACAAGACAGAAGAACUUGAUAUUUUGACUAAAAAAAUUCAAGAUAUUCUCGGUAUCCAAGAUCCUACUUCUAUUGAUGGUUACGUCCAGGCGCUGGGAUUAAUUACUCAAUCCGAUGAACCCAAAGCCGAAGAAGAAGAAACAGAUAAAGUUAAUGCAUGGAAAAACUGGGAAGCAAUUUCUCAAGAAGACUGUUUUGAUUUACCGCAGGAAGAAUAUCCUGAAGAUCGAUUGCCUAGAGUGAUAGUUUGCGGGAAAACUGAAGAAAGAAUCCCCAGGAUUAUUGUUGCUGACAGUAAAAAAAAAAUAAAUACAGACGUUAAAUAUCUAGAAAAUAUUGCCGAGAAAUUUUCAGAUGCUUUGAAUGUCCAAGAAAAACUUGCUCGUGAAAAUGCUCAGUUAGAAGGCGGCAAGUAUAAAUUAGAACAGGCCCUGCUAGAAAAAGACGACACAGUUGAAGAUCUGCAGCGUACAGUAUGCAAUCUCCAAGCAGAGAUGCGUAUGGUGAUAAAGAAGAAUACUGAGUUGAGUCUUCAAGUAGCGUCUUUGAAUGAACAGGUUAUUAAUUACAGUUGUCCUGGAUCCUUUCAAAACUCUCCAAGAUCCGCUAAUUAUCGCACUAGUCCGCGUUACGAUAACUCUAAUUACUGUCCAGGCAGUCUGACUGAACGCUCGCGAUUGGGCGGCGGUGGAUCAGGACAUGACAUCUGCAGUCAACUUGGAUGCUGUCGUCCAGUGAUACCUCCCGUUUCCAUGACUGAACUUAAAUUCAAUCGCGGAGUCUGUCCUGCUGAAAUAGGAAGCAAACUGUUCGAUCGCGACACUAAUACUAAGCAAUUGGAACAACAAAUUGGGGAAGUAGAACAAAAUGUUCAAACAAUGAGGAAAGAAUUAGCAAAUGUAACGCGCGAAACACUUCAAUUAGAGCAGCAGAGAAAAUUACUCAAGUGCACAGCACCCUGUGCUCCAUGUCCUUGUCCCAAUCAAAGUGAUCUUCGUGGCACGCCGUCAGAUCGGGGUGUUUUAAAUUCUAUGCCUCAAGAUUUGACGUUUGCUAAAAUGCAGCAGUUUCCGACGACUGGUAUCCCUUCAUGUACUGGAGUUUGUACACAGGCUCCGAUGGGUGGUAGUAAUUGUCCAUUGCAACAACUACGGGAUUUACGAGAACAGUAUGCGCGGCUGAAGGAAGACUACAAUAAUAAAUUACGUGAAGUCUCGUAUUUGAGAAGCGACGCUGAAAAAAUGAAACAGGAGACACGUGAUGCUAAAGAUGAAAAAGAAAAAAUAGAGAAUCAGUUGAUAGAUUUGCAGGAGCGAUUAAAGUGUUUUGAAUCUGACAGGAAUAGAUUCGCUGGAAGUAAAGAACAGGUGAUGGAACAAGAACAGACGUUAAUUGUUGCCAGGCAGCGAUACAGAGAAGCGCAAGAUGAGCUAGAGGAAUUAAGAUCUUUGAUUCAGGACCAAGCUAAUCAGUUGGAAGACUAUAGGAAUAAAUAUUUGCAUGCUCAGGAACAGGUUGAAGAUCAGAGAAGACAACUGGAGUUGAUGGAGAUGGACAACGCUCGUAUGAAUGAAAAUGUUACUCUUGAAAUCGGACGAGUCAAGAAUCAGUUCCAAGAAAAAUUGUUAGAAUUAGCACCGCUUCCUGAUAUACUCAAACAAACACAAUUAAAACUUCAAGAAUGCCAGCAAAUGCGUUUGCUUGCUGAAAGAAAUUGCGAAGAAUUAUCACGUGAACUAAUGAAUUGUAAAGACAAAAUAGGAGCGAUGACAAGUCAGUCGGAGAUGUUGAGAAGCGAAAAUGUUCUUCUUAAAGGAUCGGAUCAGCUAGAAGAUCUAGAGAAUAGAAAUCGCGAGCUGAAGAAUGAAAACGAACGAUUAAAAAAUGCAUGUGCGAGAUCCGAAGAACGUGAGAGUGAGUACAAGCAGAGAAUUGAUGAAAAAAUGCACGAGAUAGCUCAGCUGUCAUCGAUGUUGGAACAAGUGAGAGAAGAUUCAGCCAGACAGGUGGCAAGGACAAAGGACAGAUGUGAAACUGUACGGCGGAAUAUGCAAGCACAGAUUGGCGACUUGGAAAAACAACUUGCCCAGUGCAGGGCAACUGCCAAAGCUGCUCAGAGAGACAGAGAUGAGAUAAGACAAAAGAUGCAGGGCCAGAUAAAUCACCUGAGUGAAGCUUUCGAACAAGCGCAGGGCCGCGUUCGAACUCUUCAAGGGCAAGUUAAUUAUUUAAAUACUUCUUACAGUAAUGUCUUCAAUGUCGGAACUCGCGCAGAAACUCCGAUCACUUCAAUGCCUCUAGAGACGAGCCAAAAUAUCUACGACAGCUGUAACUGUAAUUACUGAACUAUAAAAAAAAAUAGAUCCAUAAAUAAAAAUAUUUUUGAGAUUAAUUU